AUGCUUAGAGCUAGAUUAUUAUUGAGAAAACCGGUUGUCCAACAGCAAAAGAGAUUGUUUGCAGUCUCUUCCAAGUUAUCCAACUUGGCUGCUUCGACUAGUGUUGUAGAACCCAAGCCUGAUGGCCAUGUUAUCACAUCCUCGAGUAAUGCUAGAACUUGGUCAGCUUCAGAUAACUUUACCAACACAAUGCAGUUUAUUCAAAAGCAACCAACACUUGAAGCGUAUCGUGUGAUGGAUCAUACAGGCACAGUUUUGAAUGCAGAUCAUGAUCCCAAUCUACCCAAGGAAGAAGUGCUCAAGUGUUAUAAAGACAUGUUGCUGUUGCACACUAUGGAUGGUAUUCUUUACGAUGCUCAACGUCAAGGCCGCAUUAGUUUUUACAUGACUCAUUACGGCGAAGAAGCUAUGAUCGGUAGUGCAGCUGCAUUAUCUCCCGAGGAUAUUGUAUUCGGUCAAUAUCGCGAGGCAUUCAUGCUGGUCUACCGUGGAUUUACUUUGGAUGAAUUUGUGAAUCAAUGCUUUUCAAAUGAGUUGGACUAUGGUAAAGGUCGUCAAAUGCCAAUCCAUUAUGGCUCCAAGAAGCUCAAUUUCCAAACAAUCUCAUCUCCUUUGGGUACUCAGAUUCCUCAAGCAUCCGGAGCUGCAUACGCUCUCAAGAUGUCUGGUGCUAAUGCUUGCAGCUUAUGUUUCUUUGGUGAAGGUGCUGCAUCCGAAGGUGAUUUCCAUGCUGGAUUAAACAUGGCCGCAACUCUUAAAAGUCCUGUUAUCUUCUUCUGUCGUAACAAUGGCUUUGCUAUUUCCACUCCAUCUACUGAGCAAUACAAGGGCGAUGGUAUUGCUAGUCGUGGUAUUGGCUAUGGUAUUGAUACUAUCCGAGUCGAUGGUAAUGACAUCUGGGCCAUUUACAAUGCUACUAAAGCAGCUCGAGAAAUGGCCAUUAAAGAGCAAAAGCCGGUUCUAAUCGAAGCCAUGACCUACCGUAUCGGACAUCAUAGUACAUCUGAUGAUUCUACAAAAUACCGUGAUAGAAAAGAAGUAGAAGAAAGAGCCCAAUUUGAUAAUCCCGUUACACGUUUGAGACGUUAUUUGGAGAAUAAGAAUUGGUGGAGUCAAGAAGAAGAAGAUGCCUAUCGCAAGAAGGUCAAGAAGGAUAUCAUGACUAGCUUUACAGCAGCUGAAAAGAGAAAGAAGCCCGCAGUGAAGCAACUCUUCACAGAUGUCUAUGAUGAAUUACCACCUAAUUUGAUCAAACAACAGCAGGAGUUGAAUGAAUUGAUCAAGAAAUAUCCUGAAUAUUAUGACACUAGUGAUUAUGCAUCAUCUUGA